UUCAAAGCUUGUUAACGGCUGUUGUCCUGGUGCUGUGGUUGUGAAACAGUAAACAAUAAAGCAAACGACUGCAAAUAACCUAAAACGGUAACGCUACCGUAAUGGAUACAGUAUAACAGCGAGCCGGCAGUCGGGCAGGAUUUAUACUGCCUCCUUGACUUAAAGUUGAAAAUACUAUGGACAACCUGGAUUUCUCAGAAGAGGAAAUUCAAGAACAGCUGGUGAACCUGGGCUACAAAAACAUACCAAAACACAGGCUGCAUGAAUUCAAGCAAGAUCUUGAUGAACUGAUUCGACGUGGAGAAUGGAAAAGCUUCACCUCUCCCACUCAGAUAAACUGCACCAGAUCUCAGACUGCCACAUCUCAGUUGAGUCCUCCUCCUGCCUACACCAAAGAGAAAGUUGGUCAGUGCUACUUUGAAGAUUCUGGUGAUGGGUUUUUCUUACAUGCCGGACAAGCAGACCAUGACAGACAGGUGCUCACCACCUGUCAGAACAGAGAGUCUGGAUGGCAGCGGGGACGCUGUGACUCGUACGCUCAACACUCGGUAGCUUUGAAGCACCAGUUGCCUCCAGGUGCCCCCAACAGGCUGCAGGUGGAGCCGGAGCCUGACGACAGCCUCCACCCACUAUUCACUGACAGCUACACAUCCACUCCUGACAGCCAGGGGAGGCGCUUCAUCAAGAGAAAAGUCCUGAGGAAACAUAAAGGACAGUCUCUUAUCUGCGAUGAAUCGGUCUACAGUGAAGACUCAGACGCAGCGAGCUGUCUGGAGGAACGGCUGGCGGAGCUUCAUUUAUCCACGACGGCUCAACGCGACUUUGAGAUGGAGAACGAAGACGAAACCGGCCAGAGUGACAGCCAGAGCUCUGAGACUGAGGGAAUCUCUAUGAGUGCCUUUGAAUCCUACAUAAGAGGCAUGACUCGAGCUCAAACUGACGCUGACAUCAGGCCCAAACCCAAGUCCUUCAUCCGACCAGUGAUGAGUCAGCAAACCACAAAGAAGACAGACCCAGUGGCCAAGUAUUUCCAGUAUAAGCAGCUCUGGGACAUGUUUAAACUUCCAGGAGAGAAAGACAGGAGAGCUCUCCGCCUUGAGAUAAAGGAACGACUUGCAUACCAACCUCCCCCACCUAAACCUCGGAGGGUUUACGUGCCGAACACCUACAUCGUGCCAACAGAGAAGAAGCGCUCGGCCCUCCGUUGGGAGAUCAGGAACGAUUUGGCCAACGGUCUCCUUCCGUACAAAUUCAGCUAUCGAUUUUAGGCCUGCUGCGCUCCACAUGCCUUUUAGAGACUUUUAAUAAAACUUUGCAUUGUUUUUUAUUUUUCAUCAUUGGAAUUAUUUAUUGAUGACUGUUUUUUGUUAAACAUAAUAAACACAUAAAGAA